AUGCCCGAACAAAUCUACACAACCAGUCAAGCUGAGUCGGGACAAAAGUGGUACAUGAAGACUAAUGCAGGUGAUAUGAUACCAUGGGCUCAUCAGCGUCAGACUCGAUCUGACUUCAAGCGGAUCCAUUCUGACCUGGUCACGGCGUAUGAUACUGUACUGCUCUCUGGCUCUGGUGCUUGGGUCGCUCAACUGGCGAUCCUUCUGGACAAAUGGUCGAUAUUGUCGCUGCAAACCUCACGAGCCCUGUUGGCCAAGUCACGAAGAAUGGGCAAAGCUGAACGCAUCGUUGAAUGGACAACUGUCACGCGAGCAUUGCAACAUUGGGUGUGGGAAACGGGCACGAGUGUCAAUGAGAGCUGCUUUGCGGAAUCGCCGAGGGAGGAGGUCUGCCACCAAGGUCAGACCCCACUAUAUUCAGCUGUAGUGGCGUCAUCGCAGGAUGUUCAGGAGGUAGUUCGAUUUGCAAGAUCCCAUCGCCUCCGUAUGGUGAUCAAAAAUACAGGCCAUGACGGCGCCGGACGCUCCGCUGCAGCAGCCUCCAUGCAGAUUCACAUGCAUCGACUGCAGAAUAUUACCUAUCACAAAGACUUCCGGGCGACUGGGGGUCCCGUCGUGGCGGGGCCGGCGGUUAGCAUAGGUGCGGGGGUCAUGCAUGGGCAAUUGUACGCCAGUGGCUCCAGCCGAGGUCUCCUGGCGGUCGGUGGCGAAUGCCCCACGGUUGGCGCAGCCGGUGGGUUUCUACAGGGAGGCGGAGUGUCAAGCUUCUUUAGCUAUGUGCACGGAUUGGCUGUGGAUAAUCUACUCGAGCUGCAGGUUGUCACAGCAGAUGGAAGCUUAGUGGUCGCCAACGAUUACCAGAAUCAAGACCUCUUCUGGGCCUUGCGAGGAGGUGGGGGUGGGACUUUUGGUAUCGUCCUGCGGGCUACACUUCGAGUAUAUCCAGAUAACCCCGCCGUGGUGACAAGCAUUUCUCUAUCCGCGCCCCACAAUGAAUCAGGGCCCUGGAUUGCAGGACUGACUAGCCUUCUGAGCACGCUCCAAUUGAUGAACGCCGCCAACGCCCCUGGCCAACUGAUUGUGUGGUCUUCGUCGCCGACAGUCCUGCAAGCAAGCCUAGACGUGUAUUUUCUCAACGCAACCGAAGCGUCAGGAAUGGAGCAGCGAAUUCGCCACCACCUUGCCCCUCUCAAUUCCUUGCACUUGUCUUACAAUCUCACUUCCAAGGCCAACCCUCGGUUGAGCUCAGUGCUUCGCACGGCCCCAGAUGUUUACCCUGAGAACUAUGGCAUUUUGCAAGGUUCGAUGCUCGUCUCGACCCGUCUAUUCCAUUCCCCCGACGGACCGAACCGGAUGGCGAGGACAAUUGCGCGUCUCCCCAUGCGGCCAGGGGAUCUUCUAUUCACCAGCAAUCUAGGAGGGGGGGUUGCUGCGGCUGACAGGGGCCUCAACAAGACCGCUAUGCAUCCGGCCUGGAGGUCUGCGGCACAUCUGAUCACAUUCGUCCGGACGGUAGAGCCAUCCAUUGCAGGGAAAGCUGCUGCCGUAGACGAGCUCACCCGCGUUCAAAUGCCGGUCCUAUACUCGCUGGAGCCGAUCUCUCGAGUAUCCUACCUUAAUCUGGCGGCGCCAAGCGAGAGGCAUUUUCAGAACGUAUACUGGGGAGAGCACUACGCUCGACUUGCUAGUAUCAAGCAGAAAGAAGACAAGGAUGGCUUGUUUAUAGCCAAAUAUGGAGUUGGGAGCGAGGAAUGGGAUGAGGAUGGCACAUGUAGGAAGCCAGUUCACCCAUUGUCGCGGGCUUGGGCGGUACUCGCAGGUGUGUUGAUGUAG